AUGCGAAAGCAUGUGGAUGAUAAAUUUUUUCUUAAUGUUAGCUAUACAAAGAUGAAGAGGGUUAAGAGAAUUAUCUUAGAGAAACUGGAUGGUAGCUUUAUUGAUGAUUUCAAUAAGUUGGAAAUAUAUGCUCAAGAAUUGAGGGAUACCAAUCCUGGUUCUAAUGUUGUGAUAAAUAUAUCUAAAGAUGUCUUGGUACAAGGUAAAAGAAGAUUUUUAAGAAUGUAUGUGUGCUUUGAAGCUUUGAAAAGAGGUUGGAUAAGUGGUUUAAGACCAUUUAUAGGUCUGGAUGGGACAUUUUUAAAGGGAAAAUUUAAGGGAAUUUUACUGGUAGCCCUUGGACAAAAUUCAAUGAAGCAUUUCUAUCCACUUGCUUGGGCAGUGAUUGAUAGAGAAACAGCUAGAACAUGGAAGUGGUUCAUUGACUUGUUGAGAAAUUCAUUAGGUUUGGCAGAUGGUGAAGGGUUGACACUUAUGUCUGAUAUGCAAAAGGGGUUGAUCGAUGUUGUUGGUCAAUUGUUUCCAAAAGCACACCACAGAUGGUGUGUAAGACAUAUAGAAGCUAAUUGGGUCAAGAUUUGGAAAGAAUCAUUCAACAAAUGGAUUUUGUCUGCAAGGGCAAAGCCAAUAAUUAAGAUGUUGGAAGAUAUCAGAAUCAAGGUCAUGGGUAGGUUGAAAGAUCUUGAAGCGCAGGGUGAAAAGUGGACAGAAAAUUUUUAUCCAUAUGCCAUGGAGUUGUAUAAUGAUUUCAAAAUCAUUGCACAAGGUUGUCAUGUUCAAGCUAAUGGAGACUUGGGGUAUAAGGUAGUUGAGGGUAUUGAUAGGCAUGUUGUGAGUCUUGCUAGUAAGAAAUGCACAUGUAGGACAUGGGAUUUGACAGGAAUACCGUGUGCUCAUGCCAUUAAAGCUUUUUAA